AUGUUAGACAAAUUCGUUAUAGUUUUUGUUGAUGAUAUCUUGGUUUAUUCCCAAAGUAAAGCCGAAUAUGAAUGCCAUUUGCGCGAAAUUCUUGAAGUGCUCCGUAAGGAGAAAUUGUACGCGAAAUUCUCUAAGUGUGUUUUCUGGCUUAGAGAAGUACAAUUUCUCGGUCAUGUGAUUAAUGCAGAUGAUAUCUUAGUAGAUCCGUCAAAAGUGGAAGCUGUUAUGAAAUGGGUACCUCCAAAGAACCCAAGCGAAGUGAGAAGCUUUUUGGGUCUGGCGGGCUAUUACAGGAGGUUUAUUCAGGACUUCUCAAAAAUAGCCUUACCUUUGACAAAAUUAACAAAAAAGCAACAAGGGAAUCAAGAUCGAGGCGGUAUCCUUUUCAACGAAUGUUGA